CAGGUGUCAAAACUCAGCAUUUUGUUCGCGUGUCAUCUUCUUUACCUCACGAACCACUGGUCAAAACAGCUAAAGAAGAACCUGCGUCUUCCGUUUUUCACUUCUGGUUUAAAAGAGGAAAAUAAAAUAAUUAAUGGACUAUACGGACAGAACUAGAAUACAUAAUUACAAGCUGCAUACUUGAUUCAAUCAAAUGUUUUUUCUCUUCUUCAGCCUCUGCAGGCGGGGCACGUGAGGGUCUCUCUUCUGUGACUGGUUUUCUUUCGAUUUUGAUUUCAAGGUGAAGGUGUUGAGAUGGCGUCAGGUUCAGUGGAUGAUCUGAGGAUUGUGCUGAUUGGAAAGAAUGGAUCAGAAAACAGCAGAGUGGGAAACAUUACAGUGGGUACAGAAGCGUUUAACAGAGAAGCUCCAUUCUAUUUUCAACAGCACAGUAUGAAAAUCAGCGGAGAGGUGGAGGGGAGACACAUCACAGUUAUCAACACUCACCUGCUCGAGCCAAAUCUCUCGCAGCAUCGGAUCACUCAGGGAGUGAGAGAGUGUGUGUCUCUGUCUGCUCCAGGACCUCAUGUGUUUCUACUCAUUCUGCAGUAUAAGGACUUCAGUGAGAAUGACAAACACAGAGUGAAAUGUGUGCUGAACCACUUCAGUUACCAGGCCAUGAAACACACUAUAGUGCUGACGACUGAUGAAGAGCCGCGCACAUCCAAAAUGACUUCUGUGAUAUGGAAUAAGGUUAUUCAUGAUUUAAUAAAGGAGUGUGGAGGAGGAAAUCUACACUUUGAUACAACAAACCCAGGAUGGCGAUCUGAGUUGUUCAGAAGAAUAGAGGAGAUACUCAAGAAAGAGCACAAAGAAUUUCUCAUCUGUGACAUGCAUGAGGAUGAUGGAUCAUCAGUGGAUGGAGAUCUGAGCAGAUCAGGAGGUUCAAUCAGAGGAGACGACAAAGAUGAUUCUGAACUCAAUGAAAGCACACAAACAGCAAGUGAUGGAGGAGUGACAACUACUGUAAAAACAAAGCUGAACAUUGUGCUGUGUGGCAAUAAUCCAACACUCAAGAACUCUGUGUCUAAAAUGUUUAGAGGGAUAACAAUUAAAUCUCAGAAAGAGAUGAGUAAAGUGUGUGUGAAGAAAGAGGGCAAGAUUCAUGGACGGCAGAUCAGUGUUAUAGAACUUCCAGCUCUCACUCGUCUCUCAGAACAGGAAGUGAUGCAGGAGACUCUCCACUGUCUGUCUCUUUGUGAUCCUGGAGUUCAUCUUUUCAUCCUCGUUUCUCCUGUCUGUCCACUUAAUAAUGAAGACAGAGCCGAAAUGGAGAAGAUUAAAGGAAUACUUAACUCUAAUGAGCACUUCAUGGUGCUUUUCAUUACCGAACUUGACCAAAGUGUCAGAGUCUGUAACAGUCUCUAUGGGAGCUGGUACAGUGUGAUGGGGUUAAAGGACCAGAGAAUCUCAGAAAAAAUAUCAGACCUGUUUGAUCGUAUUGACAGCAUGAAGACUGAACCCUACUCUCUUCAGAUGCACAUAAGCGCUCCAGAGAAGAGAGUCAGACAUGAACUAGAGGAGAAACUGAGAGUCAGAGAUAAUGAAGUCAAAGAGUUACAGAAGAAGAUCAAGACACUGGAGGGUGUGAGGCUGAAUCUGGUUGUGUGUGGCAGUAACAGAGAAUUAAUAUCCUUCAUAUCAAACCUGAUCCUGAAGCAGAGCGAGAGCAGAUCAGAGCUGAGCUCAGAGUGUGUGAGGAGAGACGUGGAGCUUGAUGGACGUCUGGUCAGUCUGGUGGAGCUUCCAGCUCUGUUCAACACUCAGCUCUCAGAGGAGGAAGUGAUGCGUCAGACUCACCGCUGUGUGUCUCUCUGUCAUCCUGGAGUUCAUGUGUUCAUCCUCAUCAUUCCUGAUGCUCCAAUUACUGAUGAAGACAAAUCAGAAACUGAGAGGAUCCAGAGGAUAUUCAGCUCAAGAGUCAACAAACACAUCAUGAUCCUCGUAAAGCAGAAUUCAGAGCAUCAGACAGCAGAACUCAAUGAAGAAACACAGUCUGUCAUUGAGAGAUUUGGAGGACGACAUCAUUUCAUUGGUCCAAACACACAAGCAUCUGUGUUGAUGGAGAAAUUAAAGCAGAUGGUUGAAGAAAAUAGUGGCGAUUGUUUCUCCACAGAUACAUUGAUGGAGACACAGAUGGAAAAAGUACUGAAAUUUGAAGAAAUUAAAAGGAGAAUGUAUCCUUUAGAAACAUGGUUUCAAUCACAAGAUUCAAGAGACAAAGAAUAUGAACUAAGGAUUGUGUUGCUGGGAAAAACUGGAGUUGGCAAGAGUUCAACUGGAAACACCAUCUUAGGAAGUGUCAUGUUUAAAGCUGAAGCAGCUCAUGAGUCUAUAACUAAAGAGUGUCAGAAAAAGACAGCUGAAAUCAACAGCAGACACAUUACUGUGAUCGACACUCCAGGACUGUUUGAUACUGAACUCAGUAAUAAAGAAACCCAGAGAGAAAUGAGAAACUGCAUCCCCAUGAUCCUGCCUGGACCACAUGUGUUCAUCAUUGUGCUUAAUUUAGGACAACGAUUCACUCAAGAGGAGGAAAAAUCAGUGAAGAUCAUCCAAGAGACGUUUGGUGAAAACUCUUUAAAGUACACGAUGGUGCUCUUCACCAGAGGAGAUGAUCUGAAUGACAAAACCAUUGAACAGUAUCUGGGGAAAUCUGGAUCUGCUUUAAAACAGCUGAUUGGUGUGUGUGAAAACAGAUAUCAUGUGUUCAAUAAUAAAGAGACUAGAGACCGAACACAGGUGACUGAUCUACUGCAGAAGAUAGACAACAUGGUGAAGACAAACGGAGGGAGUUACUACUCGUGUAAGAUGUUCAGAGAGAUGGAGAGAGAAAAACAAGAACAACAGAAGAACAUACUGAUGGAGAAAGUGGAGCAAGUGAUCAGAGAAAGAGAAGAACUGAUAAACAGACAUGAAGAAGAGAAAAAGAAGAUGAAGAUGAAGAUAGAGGAAAAAGACAGAAUCAUGAGAAAGAGAGAAAGAGAAUAG